AUGGCGCCACUUAUCGUCAACAACAUUGAAGUCAUCCAGACCCCCACUAUCCCUCCAGCAUGGCCAACUCCCAAAGAGCCUUCCCGCGUGGAGCUCUCAAGCGGAAGUCAAAAGACCCCAGAGCAUCGUCCGCUCCCGUGCGACAUCAUCCUUGAGCGGGACCAGCCGUUGACGCUGCGCGACGGGACCCGCAUCCGGGUUGACAUCUUUCGGCCGAAGAUGGACGAGAAGGUCCCUGCCAUCCUGAUGUGGUCGCCCUACGGGAAGACUGACACGGGCACCCUGAAUCUCCACGCAGUUCCUUUACGAUGUGGCGUUCCCCUGAGCAAACUAUCGGGUUACGAGUCGUUCGAGGGGUGGGAUCUCCCUAACAUGCGCCCUUACUAUCAGACUUGGAAGACUGACUUGCCUCCAAGACUAGACCCCGCUGAAUGGGUGCCGAAAGGCUAUGCCAUCAUCAACGCAGACGCCAGAGGAUGCGGUGACUCUGAAGGCGACAUGAGGUCGUGGGGUACCCCAGAGGGCCAAGACGGCCACGACGCCAUUGAGGAUAUCGCCAAGCUGCCCUGGUGCACAGGCAAGGUCGCCAUGGCUGGCAACUCAUGGCUUGCGCUGUGUCAGUGGUACAUAGCCGCCGAGAGGCCGCCUCACUUGGCGUGUAUUGCCCCUCUGGAGGGUGCGAGCGAUCAUAUGCGCGAGAGUCUGUGCCGUGGCGGGAUUCCUUCGAUUGGGUUCGGGUCGAUGAUUAACAAUGUGGUUCGUGGUCGUGGUCAGCAAGAAAACAGCGUCGAGAUGCUGCUUAAGCACGGGCAGGGUCUCAGAGCGUACUGGGAUGACAAGAGGGCCCGCAUGGACAGGAUUGAGGUCCCGGCCUACAUCUUGGGCAGCUAUUCGACGAUGCUUCACACCAUUGGGAGCUUCAGAGGUUUCGAAGAGAUCCCUCACCAAAACAAAUGGAUGGUGACCCAUGCUACGCAAGAGUGGUUCGACCUAUACAGCCAAGAACGUACCGAUGACUUGCAAAAGUUCUUCGACCGCUACAUGAAAGGCAUCGACAACGGGUGGGAGAAGACUUCGCCGGUGAGGCUGGCCGUGCUUGGCUACAACAAGCCACCCGUGAUCGAUCUCCCUUUUGACUCUCUUCCUUGGCUAUUACCGAGUGCCACGAACACGGGACUCCAGCGUCUUUACUUGGGUGCCGACAAGACGCUGCAGCAUUCCAAAAACACCGAUACCGCAACCCUUGGCUAUGAGGGCACGGAAACCAUGGUCUUCACGCACACCUUUCCCAAGUCUACGCAGCUGCUGGGCCCAACCAAGCUCGUGGUCCAUGUAUCCUGCCCCUCGGCUACAGACUUUGACGUCUACGCUCAGAUUCGCAAACGAGAUGCAAGCGGCAAAGACCUCGAGCAUAUUAACAUUCCCCUCGAGGCACUCCCCGUGUCUGAUCCCAAGGAAAUCCCCAGCAUCAACCCGCUCAAAUACCUAGGACCCAACGGCAAGCUCCGCGCCUCCAAGCGCAAGGUCGCGCCGGAGCUGUCGCCCAACUACUGGCAGACGCUAGCCCACGACGAAGACAUUGAGGUCAAGGCGGGCGAGAUCGUCAAGAUGGAGGUCUGGAUAUGGCCCACUGCCAUACAGUUUGAUGCCGGGGAGCAGUUGGCGCUCAAGAUCACCGGCUCUGAUAGUCUGGUGUUGCCAGAGUUUGAGUUCCUGGCCGAGAAGCCGAAGAAUGCUGCUGGUCAGGUUGUCCACUUCGGCGGAGAGUACGAGAAUUACUUGGAGGGGCAUUGGCAUGAUUGA